AAUGGUAACAGCAUGUGCAGCAUCAUUUGGAAGCACUCGUUUGCCGGUUGCUAAAGGAGAGAGGCCUGGAGUAGGGCAUGCUUUCAGCUGGGCGGAGAAAUAUCAGCCCAAGGCUUUGAAGGACUUCAUCUGUCACAGGGAGAAGGCGGAAUCCAUCCGGAGUACGGUAUGCCGUGGACAUUAUAGUCAUUGUAUAUUUGAAGGACCUCCAGGGGUAGGAAAGAGAACGAUGGCUCUAGCAAUGCUUAGAGAGUGUGCUGGAAUGGAUAUAACUGAGACAAAGGAGGAAAUCAGAGUAUUCAAUCUGAGUGGAAGCGGGCCAAUUUCUAACAUUCCUGUCAAAAUUGAAGUAUCUUCACAGCUCAUUCAGAUUGAUCUAUCUGAAAUAAGAUGGCAUGCUACAGAAGUGAUUUUGGAUCUACUCCAGGAAACAUAUAUAAACGGCCAAGCAAUUAUUGUAAACGAGGCAGAGCGUCUCUCUAAGGAUGCCCAACUCCGAAUCAAAAGCUUCCUACAGACUUAUAGAGGGCACUGCAAAGUCAUCUUCUGCUGCUAUGAUAUUUCCAGGCUCCACGAUCUCAGUCCCCUCUGCAUUGUUAUUCCACUCCUUCCACCUUCAGAUGAACAGAUUGUUGAAGUAUUGCAUUUCAUUGCUAAAAAACAAGACAUUGAAUUACCUGACCAGUUAGCCAACAACAUAGCAGAGAAGUCCAAACGUUGCCUUCAGCAAGCCAUUCGUUCAGUUGAGGCCACCUGGCUUUCGAACUAUCCCUUUAAAGAAGAACAACUGGUUUUGACUGGCUGGGAAAAAGAAAUUGCAGACAUUGCUACAAGUAUAAUUGAAGAGCAAAGCUCUAAACGGUUGUUUCUUUUCAGACAAAAGCUUCAAAUUCUGUUCCAGCACAAUUUGUGUCCCCAGUUUGUUUUUUUUACAUUAGUGGAAGAACUAAAGAGGCAUUUGGAUGACCGAAUGCAAAUGCAAAUCGGAGUCUUUUCCCAGACAUACAACGAUGAUAAUGAAGACCUCUGUAUUGGGAGAAAGAAAAUGAGAAACCAAGAUGAGUUAUUUUGUGGGCAAAUGAGAACAGGGGUUGCCGGGUUUGUGAGGAUAGAAGAAUUUGUAGCUAAGUUCAUGAGCUUUUACAAGGACAACGGGAUAAAACAAGGUUGAACGUGAGAAAGGUGAGGCAGAUAGUACCUGCCUAUUCAGAAAGCCGGAACAUUUAUAAUGCUUCUUCAGAAUUUCACUCCUGAGUCUGGUGUGUUUGAAUCGUACAGCAGUACGAGGUCAUGUCAUCAUGGAAUAAGACCGCAUUGAAACAUUGCCAGUAUUAACAAAUAGGCACAACAAGGCAAUUCCUUCUGAUUCUUCUUCUCAGCAUUUUCUUCUCUUUUUCAUCAAGAACAUUAAGCCAGGAAUUCCGUGAAAUUUCCUUUUACCCAUGUUUGUAAAUUUGAGCAUGUCUCAAUUUCACAAAAUCAAGCUACUUC